UGUACAUAAGUCCCGUGGUAAACACGCUUGUACUAAUUUACGAACACACUUUCCGAGGUAAUUAACGGUGAUUAGCGAAGUGUGCUUGACACACUUGCGCGUAAAAACAAAUACAAAUUUCAGGACGAGUAAAUCACGGCAGGAAUUUCAUAUCAUCGACUGUCCAUCGCCACGAAUUAGCAUCGCCUUGAAUAAGAUGUCAGGAAGGUGAAUAAGGGCUCCUCGGGAAUUCGCUUUCGAGCAAAGGGACGACGUUGCUCGACGCCAGGGAGGGUCGACGGAGGUGGAUGAAACCCGAGGAAGGGCGACAGGGAGUUAUGUAAGUGCGGCCCAAACACUCGAGUCGGAUUUGACAGGUAGACAUGUGCCGUGAUGUUUACGUCAACGUCACGGAGGGACGAUGAUGCGCUCUGAUGCCACACGUGGAGCCUGUCGCGAUGUAAAGGGCCUUGGCGUCAUCAGUCAAGGUCAUGUCAAGGGCCUGCAUCGGUCAACUCGCCUACCGUUGUAACGCAUGACAGAUCCCAGAUGCCGAUGACGAUGGCGCAGGAGGAAGCCGAGAAGUACCCGAUUCACAGGUGUAUCUUCCAAGGCAGCAUCAAGACGCUGAGCUCCUUAAUCAGGACGCACGAUAUCACUGAGAAGGAUAAACAAGGGAACACACCUUUGCAUUUAGCUGUGAUGUUAGGAAGAAAAGAAUGUGUUCAAUUAUUGCUUGCACAUGGUGCACCUGUAAAAGUGAAGAACCUAGCUGGCUGGAGUCCAUUGGCUGAAGCGAUCAGUUAUGGAGAUAGACAAACCAUAUCAUCUUUAGUGCGCAAAUUGAAGCAACAAACAAGGGAGCAGAUGGAAGAAAGAAGGCCGAAUCUAGUUGCCGCGUUGCAUCAAAUGGGCGAUUUUUAUAUGGAAUUAAAAUGGGAUUUUCAAAGUUGGGUACCAUUAGUUUCGAGAGUAUUGCCAUCGGAUAUAUGUAAGAUCCAUAAAAGCGGGGCUUCGAUUAGGAUGGACACGACUCUUGUAGACUUUAACGACAUGAGAUGGGAAAGGGGAGACAUAUCUUUCAUCUUCAAUGGUGACCAAAAGCCCGGCCAUUCGUUGACUGUCCUCGACAAUAAAGCCAAACUUUUCCAAAGAGUGAGACAUAAGGAAACGGAACUUGAGAUAGAAGAUGAAGUUGAUAUUCUUAUGUCUAGCGAUAUUAUGGCAGCACAAAUGUCUACCAAAGGUAUCACGUUUUCCAGAGCACAGACAGGAUGGAUUUUUAGAGAAGAUAAAAGAGAAAUGGUGGGCGCCUUUCAUGCUGAUUUCUAUCAAAUCAAUGGCAUGGUGUUGGAAAGUAGAAAACGUCGCGAACAUUUAAGCGAGGAGGAUCUCCAAAAGAAUAAAGCUAUUAUGGAAUCUCUUACCAAGGGUAGUUCUCAAGGCUUUAAAAAUGGGGAGCCUCCUUUAAGAAGAGCAUCGUUGAAUCCGCCGCCAGAAUCGAACAUCACAUGGGAUGAAUAUAUCGUUGCUCCGCCCGGACAGUGUCCGCUUCUAGGAAGAAAUCUUGUUUAUAAGGAAAGCAGUAAAUCCUUCAAAGCCACCGUGGCGAUGAGCCCGGAUUUUCCCCUCACCGUCGAUAUGUUACUUAACGUUCUGGAAGUGAUCACGCCGUUUAAGCACCUAAGCAAGUUACGACAAUUUGUACUUAUGAAGUUACCCCCUGGAUUUCCAGUUAAGAUCGACAUACCGAUUUUGCCUACUGUCACUGCUAAAAUAACUUUUCAAGAGUUCGCCUUUCGAAAUGACAUAGAUCCAGAGUUGUUUCAAGUGCCAUCCGAUUAUUUUGAAGAUCCUAUGAGAUUUCCAGACUUAUGACGCUUCGACAUCCUAAUAUUAAUCGAGGCCCACCUUAGUUGGAGUCUGUUUUCUUCUGUGCUAGGGGACAAUCUAGCUUUCGAAAUGUGGGCCAGUCUGGAAAGCAUCUACUCACGCCAUUGUGUGUCGUUCAUUGAAUAACUUAUCAUUGUAAUUUAAUCACACAUCUAACAGCGAAUAGUGUCGAAUAUUUAUGGAAUAUUUAAUAUAGAAAAGUAAGGCUAGGGGAGAAAUCCGUGCACUAAAAUCAGAUAAAUUUUCACUCAUCGCGCGCAUGAUCUUUUAAUACCUAAACUUAAACACAAUAUUUGUCUAACUCAAUAAACUAACUAAUUUAUAUAUAAAGAUAAAUAUAAAUUCCAAAUGUCGUAUUGCAAUUGAUAGGUACAUACUGCGUGCUAAGUAAGGAUGAUUUAAUUUUUCAAAACACUGUAUUAAAAAUUCUCUUAU